CUCACCAUUGUCUGCCUCAAAUCUCUAGCCUUAACUCCCAAAUCCCUUUCAACCCUACCUGCCGCAUCCCAGGGGCACGUACCCCGCGCUCCUGGGGUCCUGGUGCCUGGAGCAAAGCUCAGCCUGGCUGGGUACUCGGGCCCUGCCCCCACCCUCCAUGCCUCAAAGCCCCACUGUGAGGUCAGCGCCUUCCGGCAGGUUCCCACGAGUUCUGUCCAGAGGUGGGCGGUGGGGCUGGGGGCUGGACAUGGCCCCCUGUCCCCAGCCUGACUCCUGCCUGGCCGGCCGCUCCCUGGGCCUGAUAUGUUUGUCCCUUUUGCUCAUCCCUGCUGCAGCUGGAACCUACUGUGAGUGCAGCCUGGGCCUCAGCCGGGAGGCCCUCAUCGCCCUCAUCGUGGUGCUGGCCGGCGUGAGCGCCAGCUGCAUCUGCGCCCUCAUUGUCGUGGCGAUCGGCGUCUUCCAGGCUAAGGGUGAAACAUGUCCCAGACACAUGGACAGGAGGGUGGUGGGGCACUUUGGGGUUCAGGAAGAUCGAGUGGACCUACGCUCCGUGCACGUGGAGUCCCACCUCAUGGACCCCGACCUGGAAGUCUCUAUGAUGCCAUCCCUCGAGGAGAGCGCCCUCCUGACCAUCCCCAUGGAGGCUACCCUACAGGAAGCACCCCCAUCCCUUUCCCCACACCCACCGCCAGAGUAG